AACCUAAAAUCCCCUAUUCAGUUCCCGGUUUCAGCUUUUCAAGAAUCCAUUUUUCUUCACCGGAACCGGAGAUUUUGCUGCCUAACCCUCAACUUUCCGGCGGUUCUCCGGCAUUUCUUCAGUAUCAUCCCAAAACCCUUUUGACCCAAUAGUUCAAGAAUGUCACGUUUUCCGAUGAAUCGUUACGAUGAGCAGAGAUUAAUACAAGAAGUUCACUACCUCCAUUCUCUGUGGCAUCAAGGUCCUCCCCAACCCCAACCCCACCCCCACCCCCACCCCAAUCUCCACCCCGCAACCCCGGUGAGUCUACAACCCUCCAGUUCUACCCAAUUCAAGAAACGAAAUAAGCAGAAGUCGAAAAGGAUGAAGGAAGCUAUAAUAGAUUCCGGUAUUGAAUGGGUUUGGCCAAGUCCAAUUGAAUCGCCUCCGGUGAUGGAAUCCGGCUGGCCCAGCUUUACUAAACAACCAAAUUCGCAACCCCAUUUGCCCACUGUUGAAGAAUUGGCCAGUAUCGGGGCGAACAGGGCCCAUCAACAGGCGUUGAGGGUGGUAUCGGAGUAUCUGAAGUGCUCAAUUGAUGAUGAUGAUGAUUCUGAGGAUGAUGAUGUUAUGGAAGUGGAAAAAGGGGAGAAAAAUUUGAACUUUUUCGCAAAGUUGUUUGAGGAGGAUGGUGGGUUGAGAGAGUAUUAUGAGAAGAACAGUGAGAGUGGUGGGAAAUUUAGUUGUCUUGUGUGUUGUGGGGUUGGUAAGAAAGGUUGGAGGAAGAGGUUUAAGGAUUGUGUAGCUCUUGUUCAGCAUUCGAUUACUAUAGCAAACACAAAUACGAGGAAGGCACAUAGGGCUUAUGGUCAGGUCAUUUGUCAAAUUCUUGGAUGGGACAUUAAUAGGCUCCCAUCAAAUGUUUUAUCUGCAGGUGAUAAGCCUAGUGAAUCUUCUGAUAAACAGGUGGAGGCUCAGGUAUUAGGCUCCGAACUUCUGACUUCAAGUUUGGCCAAUUCUGAUGACGGAUCCAAUAAAACAUUGCCGGGGAAUGAGGUUGGUGGUGGUAAAGAUGGUUUGAGUGGUCUAAGCAAUGCGACAGAUGCUGUAAAUAUCGGCACUGAUGAAUUAUCUCAGCAAAAACAGUCUUUUAGUAAUGAAAACCAACAAGAAAAUGGUGGUGGCUCAACAGCAUUAGAGCACAACUACCUAAUUGAAGCCAGUGUCAGCAAUGGGAUUCCUGAAACAUCAAAAGAGAACACAGAGGGUGCAUCCAAUUGUCUGGGGAAUGAGGGUGAUGAUGGUAAGAACAGUUUGAGUGGUCAAAGCAAUACCACAGAUACUGUAAAUAUUGGCAGCAAUGAGUUAUCUCAGCAAAAAGAGUCUUCCAGUAACGAAAACCAGCAAGAAAAUGGUGCAACGUUAGAGCACAAUUCCAUGAGUGAAGCCAAUGCAAAUAGAAGCUUGGAAGUUGCUAGCAAUGAUAUACCUGAAACAGCAAAAGAGAAUGCAGAGGGUGCAUCCAAUUGUCCCGAGCCAUUGCCUGAGGAUAUGAUUGUCGCAAAUGAAGAAAACAAUCAUCAGAAGGAUGAUGUUCUGCAAGAGACAACAAUCGUUAGCGACAUGAGUUGAAUAUUGAUUUCCUUAUCAUUCAAGAACUUUGAGAAUGCAAAGUGAAGCCGUUCAUGCUUUCAAGAUCUCUCUUUCCAGUAGGUCAUCUUUUUCAUGGUAAAGGUUGUUAGACGAUAGAGGAAAAAACUUUUGGUUAGUUAUCUAGGUAAAUUAGUUUGUCUAAGAAGACAUUAUUGUUAAUCAGAUGAUACCCUAGUGAUUUGUCUUUCUUGUAAAUUAUAUGAAUGAAAUUGAGAUGCCCUCAUCAGUAGCUGUGCUGUUGAGGAAGUUAUUAUACUUGGGGGAUGCCUAUGCUUUAGUUAUUCUCUAUCAUCCA